CCCGAAGUACAAAUUUUGUCCGACAAGCUACCCUUGUUUGCAGCAUAUUUACCCUCGUCUGCAGCAAGAACAGGGGAGGAAUAGUCUUCUUCGCGAUUGUUCGUUCGUUGUCGAGAUAACAUCAUGAAGAGGAAGCCCAAGACUCCAAAAGAAGCUUCAGCAGGCAAGGCCAUGGAAAAUGGCAAAAUAACGCUUUCAAAGCCCUCGAGCCCGGCCUCAAAGAAGACAGCAUCCAAUUACAUUAGUUCUGAUGUUAGACGAUCUGGUCGGCUUCAAAAGAUAGUCUCAUCUGCUGGGAACAAGCGUGCUGCUAAGGAAGUUGAUCUUACUGAUAACAAAGUGGAAGAGGAGGGGCCACGUGCUGAGAAAGUUAAUUCCCAUCACUCUGAGGAGCAGGGAGGGAUCACUGAACUUGCGUUGGAGACUGAUCGUGGUGAUGGAAAAAACGAGGAGGUGCAGCUUGUGGAGCCAUAUAACGCCAAUCCAACUGAGGAACAGAUAGGCAUGGAAGAGAAAAUCGACUACCUGUACCAGACAGCAAAAGAGCUAAAAGCUAAGGCUGCCAAAAGGUCGGUACCAAGUGGAACUACAUGUGAAGACCUCAAAUACAAGAACUUGUAUAUUGAAUCGCAGAAAAAGGUUGAAUCAUUAACCCAGGAUAACAUUCAGCUAGUCAAGGAUUUGGCAAACUCCCGUGGCAAAAACGAAGCUUAUGAGAAAAUUAUUAAUGAUUUCACGGGAAAGGAAAUGAUCGUUUUGGCAAAUUUUGAACGAGCUGCUGAAACUGUCCUAAACCUAUCUGAAGACGCACUAAAGAAAAGUUAUGCAGUCAAAAACGCUUCUUCUCUUCAGCCAAAGGCUGCUGCGCCUAGUGUAGCUCAAGACGCAAACAAGAAAAGCAGUGCAGAUACUGAUGCUCCUAAUCCUUCGCCUCAACCAAAGAUCACGCACACAAACGCUCCUGCUGCAGCAAGAAAUUCCAAAAGGAAGAAAACCUCUCAAUAGCACAAGGAAAA